AUGUUUGCGUUUGUCGUCUACGAAGUCGCUUGUCAAACUGUGGGUGGGAACCGUACCAACGGCACUGGUAAUUCUACCAUAAACGGCACCGGCGGUGGCAACGGAACUGGCGGUCGCAACGGAACUGAUGGCACUGACGAAAGCGAUGAAGGAGGUGUCUACUACAUCAGUGCAGACCUUGUCUCAGGAGUUCUUUACGAGGUCGUCAGUGUGCUCCUCAGCCUCAUCUACGCACUCGGAGGAUUCGGAUAUGGAGAGGAGUUCGGAGGAAAUUCCACUAACAGCUCUAAUCGGACUGGUCCCUACUAG